AUGGACCUUACACAAUCCACUGACGUGGAAUCACAAAAGCCCACGCCGCAACUCACUUCCCCGCAGGACUCGGAUAGUGAGGAGCUCUCCAAGCCACAACCACCAACAGGCUACGCCAUCCAAUUUUGGCGCAAAUCUCUCAUCUUAUUCGUCGUCAGUUGGAUGACACUCGCCGUCACAUUCUCCAGUACCUCCUUGUUACCCGCUAUACCUGAAAUCGCAGUCCAAUUUUCCACAACAUCAGAAAUCCUCGAUGUCAUUAAUGCGGGCGUGCUUAUUGCCAUGGGCUUUUCGUCUUUUAUUUGGGGUCCGAUAACGAACGUCUUUGGGCGCAGGAAUGCCUAUAAUGCGGCUAUCUUGGUUCUUUGUGCUUGCUCGGCUGGAACCGCUGCGUCUAUUAAUUUGCAUAUGUUUAUUGCGAUGCGUUUGCUUAGUGGAUUUACCGGCACGUACUUUAUGGUCGCGGGUCAGACUAUCAUUGCGGAUAUUUUCGAGCCCACCUCUCGAGGUAAAGCUACAGGGUUCAUGAUGGUAGGGUCCGUGAGUGGGCCUGCAAUCGGUCCUUGCAUUGGUGGUAUUAUUGUCACAUUUGCCCAUUGGCGUAUCAUCUACUGGCUCCAAUUUGCCAUGACUGCACUCGGCUUAGUGCUAUCUCUUCUUUUCGUACCGAAUCUUGAAGCGAAAAAGGAAAACAAACCUCCUCGAAACCUAUCCUUCGUGCUGAGCAUGUUCAACCCACUCCGCAUCUUUGGACCAUUCAUUUAUCCAAACGUUUUCCUCUCUCACCUCACAUGCGGUUUACUAUCCACAUUUCAAUAUGCACUGCUCACAUCUGCUCGCUCAAUUUUUGACCCUCGCUUCAACUUGACGUCACCGUUGGUGAGCGGCCUCUUCUACCUUUCACCAGGAAUAGGCUUCCUGAUUGGAAGUGUUAUGGGUGGCAGGCUAUCCGAUCGCGCUGUGAAGAAUUGGAUCGUCAAGCGCGGCGGCGUCCGCCUUCCUCAAGACCGACUGAACAGUGGACUGAUCACCUUGUUCCUGGUGCUACCCAUCGGAACUUUAAUCUAUGCAUGGACGCUCGAAAAGGGAGUUGGUGGUAUGCCCGUGCCGGUGAUUGCCGCUUUUUUCGCGGCUGUCGGACUUUUGGGUUCAUUUAAUGGGUUGAAUACAUACUCGGCUGAGGUGAUGCCUCAUAUUCGGUCUGAGGUCAUUAGUGGCAAAUACGUUGUGCAAUAUAUAUUUGCGGCUGGUGCGACUGCCGCUGUGGAUCCAUUGAUCACUGCAAUUGGAGUCGGGUGGACAUUUACGAUUUGUGUUUUCUUCGCAAUUAUUGGUGGUGUUAACGUCUGGAUAAUUACGAGAUGGGGAAUUGAUAUGCAGCGAUGGGUGGAGAAAAAGUUUGACAUUGAGGCUAAGCCUCUAGCCUGA